UGGAAAUCAUUUAACGACCCAUCUACACAGAAUUGAUAAUCUAUACACGCACCAUGGCCUCAAGUUCAAGAACAUCAUUCGUGCUAGCUUCUCGCGCAUCCAAACUCGCGCAGAUCCAAACGAACAUAGUCAGAGAUGACCUCGAGGCCGCUUUUCCGUCCCUUUCAUUCGGUACGUCAUUUAUGACGACUGAAGGCGACAAAAACCAAUCCCAAGCGUUGUACCUACUCGGAGGGAAGGCGCUAUGGACCAAAGAACUCGAGGUUGCAUUGAAGGAGAAUGUGGUAGAUAUGCUUGUGCACAGUAUGAAGGAUGUGCCCACGACCCUUCCGGAUGGCUGCGAAAUCGGGGCCAUUUUGGAGCGAGAGAAUCCUGUUGAUAGUCUUGUGGUGAAGCAGGGCUUGCCCUACAAGGCUCUGGAAGAUUUGCCGGAAGGAAGCGCCGUGGGUACGAGCAGCGUCAGGAGAGUCGCGCAGUUGCGGAGGAAUUUCCCCGGCUUGGUAUUUCUAGACGUCCGAGGAAAUUUAAACACCCGCCUUGCGAAGCUCGAUGCCCCCGAUGGUCCUUAUACAGCACUUAUACUGGCCAAAGCCGGUCUUGUACGGCUAGGCAUGGGGGAUCGCGUCACGGCAGAUCUCACCGCACCGACACUAUUUCAUGCCGUCUCUCAAGGUGCCUUGGCAGUUGAGAUCCGCGCAGACGACCAGGAAGCACGGGAACUGUGCAAAACGCUGACCCACCAGGAAACACAAUGGAAAUGCCUCGCAGAGAGGGCUUUACUGAGAGAACUGGAAGGUGGAUGUAGUGUUCCUGUUGGCGUCUCUACGUCGCUAUCGCAGAUUGAUAAAAGCACUGGGGAAUUCACGCGCGCAGUCCUCACGAUAACGGGUUGCGUUACAUCACUUGAUGGUUCCGUCCACGUCCAAGACACCCUUUCGCAGGAAGUUGAGAGCAUACAGGGCGCAGAGGAGCUGGGUAGAAAGCUUGCAGCGUUAUUGAUGUCGAAUGGUGCCAAGGCAAUAUUGGACGACAUCACAAAAGAUAGACAGAAGAGAGCUAGUGAAGCAGAGUAGGCAGAAAUGUUAGGAUUGCAAGUUGAUUUACAUUUCAUAUACAAUAUCGUAUGUACAACGAACGAAACGCACUUGUCGACAAUUCGAA